AUGUCCCAAAAAGUUUUGUUUGUGUUAGAUCCUUCGAUCAUUCAGGAGUCUGCUACCAAAAUCGCCCUCAUCAAGAAACUCUUGGGUUAUGCUUAUCCAACAUGUUUGGUCGACCAAUAUAAUAUCAAUUUGAUCUUUCUUCGAGAAAAGCAGCAGAAUGUUGCGUAUGACAGUUAUUCAUACGUGUAUUAUUUGAAUAGCAGCAAUUUUGCGGAGAUUUUAUCAUUUUUACUCGGACAAGUGAAAAUUGAUGAUCUUCCAACUGAGGUCCAACAACUUUGCAAGGAUUAUCGACAUGAAGAAGCCAGCACUGCUUAUGAAAUUAGUGACGAGGUGCUCAAGACAUUAUACAGGCUCAUGAAACCUGACGGGAAGUUCUACAUGACCAAUGAUGCCCUUACUUUGAAUGGGAUUAUGGCUGGGUUCCUUGCGGAUGGGAAAUUCUGGGUUAAACCAAACAACCAAGCGGUUUCCAUCCCAUUGAAGAAAAAAUCUCCUACAUCGAAUUCCACUGCCAAUGCUAAUCCAUUAAAACUUAAGUUUUCCAAGUUCAAGAAAGCCACAACCACGGUGCCUGCUGCUGCAAAAGAAAUCACCGACCUUCGAAAUAAACUCCAGUUUUUCGAUUCCAACGACGACCUAAUAGACGAGAAUGAUCUUCUUGAUGAAUUGGCCCUCUCGGCGCCUAUUAAGUUGACCUCGGUCAAAUGUGUGUUUGAUGAUGAUGGCUUGCCGGUGAAACGACGCAAGAAGGCUUGCAAGAAUUGUUCUUGUGGGUUGAAGGAAUUGGAAGAGCAAGAGAUUGAGGCCCAAGAGGCGGAACGUAACAAGAAUGCGGUGAAGUUGACUAGUCAAGAGAUCACGGAGAUUGACUUCACUGUUGAAGGAGACAAGGUUGGAGGAUGUGGCAGUUGUGCACUUGGGGACGCUUUCCGAUGCGAUGGCUGUCCGUACUUGGGGCUUCCUGCUUUCAAGCCUGGACAGGCGAUCUCCAUCAGCGGCAUGGACGAUGAUUUCUAA